ACCAGGCCUGCGAGCUUCCUCCCAUCGGAGCCCGGGCGAGCUGAGGUUGGCCGCCGCCGCUGAGCCUGCUGCCUUCCUUGCGCUUCCGCGCCACCCUGCGCCCUGCCCCGGGGAAUCCCACCGGGGUGGGGUCCGAGCAGGGCCAACCCGGGCCGCGCCGCCGUCGGGGCCGUCCCCGGGCCAGCCGUCCCUCCCGCCUGGCCAGCCUCUGGCCGCCCAGCCUCCGGGGUGUGGGGCUUAGGCAAGCCCUGCGAGCGGCGAUCGAACGCCCGGGGCGGCCCCCCGGCGGCGGCGCGACGUCCCCAAACCGAACCUCCGUGGCCGCGUUCGGAAGCGGAACUCUGCCGGGGCCGCGCCGGCUACAUUGUUUCCUCCCCCCCGGACUCCCUCCCGCCCCCUUCCCCCGCCUUUCUUCCCUCCCCGCCUGGGGCUGCGCGGCAGUCCCCCUGCCUGUCUGGCUCCCCUUCCCUCUCUUUUCGCAUCCAUACACCUCUUUGUACCGCACCCCCUGGGGACCCCUGUGCCCCUCCCCUCCCCCUUGGCCGCAUGGACUGUCCUGCAGGCCACUGAUGCCGCCCUCGGUGAGGAGGCCUGGACCGCAGUGCCCCCAGAGAGGAGGCUGUACCCUAGGCAGCAUAAAAAUGCCUUGGAUGAAGGGAAAGGACAGUCAUUAGGAUUGGACGAGCCAUGAAGUGCCAAGGAUAAGGCCUGACACUGACUCUCAUGGUACCAAGUCACAGAUCGGCCUUCCUGUAGCACGGGGACGCCAGACCGCAGAAGAUGUCGGCAAUACAGGCCGCCUGGCCAUCCGGUACAGAAUGUAUUGCCAAGUACAACUUCCAUGGCACUGCUGAGCAAGACCUUCCCUUCUGCAAAGGAGAUGUGCUCACCAUCGUGGCUGUCACCAAGGACCCCAACUGGUACAAAGCCAAAAACAAAGUGGGCCGUGAGGGCAUCAUCCCAGCCAACUAUGUCCAGAAGCGUGAGGGUGUGAAGGCAGGCACCAAACUCAGCCUUAUGCCCUGGUUCCACGGCAAGAUCACACGGGAGCAGGCCGAGCGGCUUCUUUACCCACCAGAGACAGGCCUGUUCCUCGUGCGGGAAAGCACCAACUACCCUGGAGACUACACACUGUGUGUGAGCUGUGAGGGCAAGGUGGAGCACUACCGCAUCAUGUAUCAUGCGAGCAAGCUGAGCAUUGAUGAGGAGGUGUACUUUGAGAACCUCAUGCAGCUGGUGGAGCACUACACCACAGAUGCCGAUGGACUCUGCACUCGCCUCAUCAAACCAAAGGUCAUGGAGGGCACCGUGGCGGCCCAGGAUGAGUUCUACCGCAGUGGCUGGGCACUGAACAUGAAGGAACUGAAGCUGCUACAGACAAUAGGGAAGGGGGAGUUUGGAGAUGUGAUGCUGGGGGAUUACCGGGGCAACAAAGUUGCAGUCAAGUGCAUCAAGAAUGACGCAACUGCCCAGGCCUUCCUGGCUGAAGCCUCCGUCAUGACGCAACUUCGGCACAGCAACCUCGUCCAGCUGCUGGGUGUGAUUGUGGAGGAGAAGGGUGGGCUCUACAUCGUCACAGAGUACAUGGCCAAGGGGAGUUUGGUGGACUAUCUUCGAUCACGUGGUCGUUCGGUGCUAGGUGGAGACUGUCUCCUCAAAUUCUCAUUAGACGUCUGUGAAGCCAUGGAGUACCUGGAGGGUAACAAUUUUGUGCACCGGGACUUGGCUGCCCGGAAUGUGCUGGUGUCUGAAGACAACGUGGCCAAAGUCAGUGACUUUGGCCUCACUAAGGAAGCCUCCAGCACUCAGGACACAGGCAAGCUGCCAGUCAAAUGGACAGCGCCUGAAGCCUUGAGAGAGAAGAAAUUUUCCACCAAGUCUGAUGUGUGGAGUUUCGGAAUCCUUCUCUGGGAAAUCUAUUCCUUCGGGCGAGUGCCUUACCCAAGAAUUCCCCUGAAGGACGUCGUCCCUCGGGUGGAAAAGGGCUAUAAGAUGGACGCUCCGGAUGGCUGCCCGCCCGCAGUCUACGAGGUGAUGAAGAACUGCUGGCACCUGGAUGCUGCCACACGGCCCACGUUUUUGCAGCUUCGGGAACAGCUCGAGCACAUCAAGACCCAUGAGCUGCACCUGUGACCUCUGCCUCCGCCAAGGCCAUGGGCCGGCAGGGACAGGGCCUCGGAGAUUACAGAUCUGGUGCCCUGCUGCUUGCUGGGCCUGAACUUGAACUGAGCCCCAGCCGGCUGGUAGGCCUCUUGCCUCUGACCUGCCUGUCCCUUCUGGCCCCCAGGGACCCCACCUAGGCCUGGCAUCUUCUCUCAUGGACCCACCUAUAGGGCUUGGGGUGCCCACUGAAGGGGCUGAGGAGAGGAGGCCAAGGAACAGGAGGAGUGCCGUGCAGCUGGCCUCCUCAAGGCCCCACCAUUCGCCUUCUUAGAGUUUUAUUCCUUUCCUUUUUUGAGAUUUUUUUCCGUGUGUUUAUUUUUUAUUAUUUUUCAACAUAAGGAGAAAGAAAGUACCCAGCAAAUGGGCAUUUUACAAGAAGUACGAAUCUUAUUUUUCCUGUCCUGCCCCUGGGGGUGGGGAGGAAUCAGCCUCUCUCUAGGGACCCAUCACCCCAGCCCGUCCCCCAUCCCGUGUUCCAUGUCCAGUGUUGCCUCGGUCGCCUGUGUUUGCGCUUGACCAUGUUGCGCUGUUUGCAUGUGCCCAAGGCAGGCGUCUGUCGGGGGCUUGGAUUUCAUGUGCUGUGGCCGCUCACCCACACCGCCUUGUGAGAUGGAAUCAAUAAACCACUCCAUGAGGACACCGCCA